AUGAUAAACGCAUCGAUUGUAUUCUCUCUACUCUCAGAGAAGUUUUCUCAAUCUGAAGCAUCUAUAAAAGUUAAUUUUCGAGCACCAUUCAUACGUGAGCAAGAAAUUGCGAACCAUUUGGCUGAACUUUUGCAUUCAAUUAUCAACAGUCACACGUUUACUGUAGAAAGUGAAAGUACUCUUGAUUACAUUUCCAAUGAAUUAAGUGAAGAUGAUGUUGAUCAGUAUGUUGCAUCAGAUGACUCUGAAUUAGAUCCAGAUUUCAACGAUACAGGCGACGACGAGGGUGGCGUUCUUCUUCAAAAUUUUUCUCUAGAUUACAUGAAAAAAGUUGUUGAAUAUUAUGACGAAAAGGAUCCUUUAACAGAAAAACGUCGUCGGUCUUGGAAAAAUGUGAAACAUCGAUUUCAACGUGUCAGAGAUUUAUCAUAUAUUUCUCGUUUUCGUGCUUAUAUUGAAAAGGGGGGAACGAGAAUGCAAAAAUUGGAAAAUGUAAAUAAUUAUGUUUAUCAUAAAUUUGAACAAGCUCGACAAUCUUAUCUUCCUGUGCAUGAUCUGGACUUGCGUCGCUGGGGCUUAGAAAAAGCUAAACAAGAAUUACUUCAUGAUUUUGUCGCUUCGGAAAAAUGGUUAUUUAAUUUUAAAAUACAGCACAAUAUAUGCUCAAGAAAAGUGACCAAGGUAGUAACAACUAAACAAGUAACAAAUAAAGAAGAAGUUCAACAUUCUGCAGAUGAAUUUGUAUCAAGUGUACGAGAUCUUGUACCAAAAUAUGAUCCUGAUUAUGUGAUUAAUACAGAUCAAUCUGGUAUUCAGCUUGAAUUUCAUUCAACUCGUACUCUUUCUUACAAAGGAGAAACGACUACUGCCUUAACUGUUCGUUCGAAGAAUGCGAUCACGCAUUCAUUCACUGUGCAACCAUGUGUUAGUCUUAGUGGCAAACUUGUCGGACCACUUUUCCUUGGUUUAAAGGAAUCCACUGGNCUUGUUGGCAAUUGUUGA